UCUCCAUCACUCCACACCGCAGCUCCCUCCCGGCUCCCCUCGCCGCGCAAUGGCCGCCGCGCCGGUGGCGUCCCCCUUCCCCACGCUCCCCUCUCCCUCCUCCGCCCUCAGCACGCCCACGCGCCGUCUUCACGGCCGCGCGUUCCCGCCGCCAGCAGCGGCCGCCUCGCCGCGGGAGCAGCAGCAGCAGCAGAGCGCCAGGGGCGCGGCGGGCGCGGGGGAGAGCAGGCGGCGGCGGGAGGAGGAACAGGACGAGGCCGCGGCGGAGGAGUUCGAGCGGCAGCGGAAGGAGGAGGUGAACCGCAAGAUCGCCUCCCGGAAGGCGCUCUCCAUCAUCCUCCGGCGCGAGGCCACCAAGGCCGUCCUCGACAAGCGCGAGCCCGGCAAGGGCACCCGCCGCCUCCUCCCCCGCACCGUACUCGAGGCCCUCCACGACCGCGUCGCCGCCCUCCGCUGGGAGUCCGCCCUCAAGGUGUUCGAGCUAAUGCGGGACCAGGUGUGGUACAGGCCGUACGUCGGCAUAUACAUCAAGCUCAUCACCAUGCUCGGCAAGUGCAAGCAGCCGGGGAAGGCGCACGAGCUCUUCCAGGCCAUGGUCGACGAGGGCUGCGCCCCCAACCUCGAGUCGUACACGGCCCUUGUCUCGGCGUACAGCAGGAGCGGCAGCUUCGACAGGGCUUUCGCCUUGCUUGAUCAGAUGAAGGCCACCCCUGGUUGCCGGCCCGAUGUCCAGACAUACUCCAUUCUCAUCAAGUCCUGCUUGCACGCCCAUGACUUCGACAAGGUGAAGGACUUGCUGGAGGAUAUGGCGCGCGCGGGUAUCCGCCCGAACACCGUGACUUAUAACACUCUCAUUGAUGCUCAUGGGAAAGCAGGAAGGUUUGCUGAGAUGGAGUCAACUCUUCUUGAGAUGUUGUCUGAAGACUGCAAGCCUGAUGUGUGGACAAUGAAUUCUACUCUCAGAGCUUUCGGUAGCAGUGGUCAGAUUGAGACAAUGGAAAGCUGCUACGAGAAGUUCCAGGCAUCUGGUAUCUCCCCAAACAUUAAGACCUACAACAUUUUACUUGAUUCCUAUGGUAAAGCUAAAAUGUAUGAGAAGAUGGGAGCAGUGAUGGAGUACAUGCAGAAGUAUUACUAUUCCUGGACAAUAGUCACAUACAACGUAGUUAUUGAUGCAUUCGGAAGGGCCGGCGAUCUUGAACAGAUGGAAUACAUCUUUAGAUUGAUGAAAUCAGACCGUAUAAAGCCUAACUGUGUUACCCUCUGUUCAUUGAUUAGAGCAUAUGGAAGGGCUGAUCAAGUAAAGAAAAUAGAGACAGUGUUAAGAGUUGUCGAGAAUUCAGAUAUCACGUUGGAUAUUGUGUUUUUCAACUGUUUGGUGGACGCAUAUGGGAGGGUGGGGCGCUUGGCAGAGAUGUGGGAUGUUCUCAAUAUGAUGAAGGAAGAGCAAAUAAGACCAGACAAGGUAACCUGCACUACCAUGAUCAAAUGGUUUCUCGUCAAAGGGAUUGAUGAUCAUCGUGUUCAGUACCUGCGUGACCUAAAAGAUGGGCGAUCUACAGACAACAAGUAGGUCUAAACAUUAAAACAGAUACUACUGAACUUAUGGGUUCUGUUCUCUGCAUUUUUCUCCAAGAAGAUGGAAUGACCUGCAUAAAAGCAUCACUCGGUUUGCCCUUUGCAAAGAAGCAUCAGUCAUAUUCUUCUCUUUGACGCCCUUAAGGAGAAACUUGUGUUACUGAAUCAAACAUUUAGUCGGUGGCAAUUCAGAGGCACAAAAUUUUGCCUUAGAAGUUCAACAGCUGAAGUACAGAACUCUCUGGUAGCAUAUGUCGGAUAGCAAAGUUGCCUAUGGUUAUGGCAUCCCAAGAAUGAGUUGAUGAUCGCAAAUGAAUCCAAACUGGCUUUGCGACUGAAGGGAAGUGAACAAGAGAGGAAUUUGAAGCCCUCCAUCAGUAGCUAUGAGUUUCGUGACAAUCAAAUACAACUAUUAGUGGUGUGCUGGUGACACUCUUCAGAUUGUGCUGUGUCAUUGUGCCUUGAUGUAUUGCUCUUACAGCUGUACAUGACAUCGUAUGUCCUACUGACUUACGCAAAGAUGGAGAGAAGCUUAUAAUAUGCUAACAAAAUCAAAUGUUGUAGUGUUCUACCUUUAAAUUUCUAGGAAAUGGGCUAGUUGAUUGUUUGGUAUUUCACCUAACAUUGUUGACAUCACUGUCCUGCAAAAAAACUGGCACCUAACUAAUGGACCGAGGAAUUGUUGUAAAAGGAGAUUCUAUUCUAUCUUGACCUGUAUUCAACAAAGGCUCUAAAGUUUAUG